UACACUAAAAACAGUAUUCAACAUCGCUCAUACACAAUUCUUUGACACAUAAAUAAUAUCCAGUAGUCUCAUAGUAAUGGAGGUUUCUUCUCUUAACAAAACACUAAUCCUGCUGAUUCUCCUGUUAGCCACCUUGGCGCGAGGCCAAGGCAAUCGGGGUAGAGGCCAGGGCACCCGGGUUGGCUUCUACAGAGCCACCUGCCCAAGGGUCGAAUCAAUAGUCCAAUCAGCGGUUCAGUCUGCUGUCCAAUCCAACCCCACUAUUGCACCUGGUUUACUUCGGAUGUUCUUCCAUGACUGCUUCGUCAACGGCUGUGAUGCAUCUAUACUAAUUGAAGGCCCGUCAACUGAAAAGGCUUCCGGACCCAACUCCCUGUUGAGAGGCUUUGAAGUUAUUGAUGCUGCAAAGGGCCAGCUCGAAACUGCAUGCCCUGGUGUGGUCUCUUGUGCUGAUAUUGUUGCCCUAGCUGCCCGUGAUUCUGUUGUACUGACGGGUGGACGUAGGUGGCAGGUGCCAUUAGGGCGCAGAGAUGGAUUGGUUUCGCAAGCAUCGGAUACUGCUAACUUGCCAGCGGCUACCGACCCUAUUACUGUUCAAAUUAGAAAGUUUGCUGAUAAAGAUCUUAAUACCCAAGAUCUUGUAACUCUUGUAGGAGGACACACAAUUGGAACAUCAGCUUGUCUGCUAUUCAGCUAUAGACUAUACAACUUCAACAAUACCAAUGGACCCGACCCGGAUAUAAACCAAGCCUUCCUACCACAGCUCCGGGCCCUAUGCCCCAAUGGUGGCAAUGCUUUUAGGCGUGUGGACUUGGAUACCGGCAGUGUUAAUAGCUUUGGCAAUUCCUUCUACGAAAACUUGAGGAAUGGACGGGGAGUUAUUGAAUCCGAUGCAAAGCUAUGGAGUGACAGGAGGACUCAGAGGUAUGUACAAGGGUUCUUGGGUGUUAGAGGCCAACCUGGAUCGCGAUUCAACGCUGAGUUUGGAAGAGCAAUGGUGAAGAUGGGUAAUACUGAGGUGAAAACUGGGAGACAAGGACAAAUUCGUAGGGUUUGUACGGCCAUCAAUUAAGGAUUGUGGGU